GCCGCUGCUUCUAGGCCAGCAGCUAACCUGUGAAAACAAACGGCUUCGGCUGUGCUUCAGGUUAGCUGUUUUCUGAAGCACAGGACUCGAUACCACUCGCUCGGUGGUAGUUAAAAUCACGCCUGAAUGUUUAGAGAUAUAAGUUCGCGUUUCGCUUCAACUUGAUCCCUGAAUGUAACCCAACCUCCUCACCAGAAACGAUAAUGUCCGACGCUGCUAACGCUACAGACAACAACGGAGACUCGGGACUUAACGGGUCCUGGGUGGAGCUGGAGAUGAACAGAGCUCAUGAAGCCCAGCCGCCCUCGCUGCCCCUCCCUCAGGUGGAGGAAGAGGAGGCCAUCGUGGGGGGGCUGGAGCACGUCCCGUCCUCAUCCUCGAUCCACAACGGAGACAUGGAGAAGAUCCUGCUGGACGCGCAGCACGAGUCGAGCCGCAGCAACUCGUCCUGCGACAGCCCCCCUCGGCCCCACUCCCCCCAGGACGCCGGACAGAUCAUGUUUGACGUGGACACGACCAGCAGGAGAGACAGUCAGUCUGAAGAGGACAUCUUGGACAAAGACAGGGACAUGGACAUCCUGAUGAAGGACGCAGAUUGGGUUGCUGACUGGUCCAGUCGACCGGAAAACAUUCCCCCCAAGGAGUUCCACUUCCGUCACCCUCGGCGCUCGGUGACGCUCAGCAUGAGGAAGACGGGGGCCAUGAAGAAAGGAGGCCUCUUCUCUGCAGAGUUCCUCAAAGUCUUCAUCCCCUCGCUGCUGCUGUCGCACAUCCUCGCUCUGGGGCUCGGAGUCUACAUCGGGAAGAGGCUGACCACGCCGCCCGCCAGCUCCUUCUGAAGCAGAAGUAAAGUGCCUGAGGAGUCGAUGUUGGAAGUUUUGCUGAACGCUUGUUUCUCAUCCGACUGUCCCGCCUGCUCCCCCCCCCCGCCCCAACCCUGAGAUUUGACAUGUUCUCAGUAGACCCCUUCUUUGUCCUCCCCUUAAUCACCUGUGUUCUGUUUGUAGAGGCCCCUUCUUCAGUGAUUUGAGCUCUUUUUGAAUGAACACGGUCACGUUUUCCCAGUAUGUGGGUUUAUAAUGGGGGGGGGGGGGGGUCUGAUAACAGGGCAGGACCGUUUUAAAGCUGACCACAGAUUGUGCCACCUGCACGAGUAGCCCCAGCACUUAAACCCUGACCAAAUUCAAAGUCGGCUACGCAGACUGAAAACACGAUCAUGCCUUUUACUGAAAGUGGCCAUUUUGUUUAGGUCAUUUAGUUGUUUAUUUAUUUAACAUAGGUGUUUUUUUGUUUUUUUUUAACUACAACAGGAGCAGCCAACACAAACCGCAAGCUAAUUCUACAGCCGACCUUUUGUUUCUUAUAGUUUUUAAGAUGGCAGCAGGAAACGGUGCAUGUGUUCAAGCAGGGCUUCAGUCUGGACACGUCCAGGAUCCUGCAGCCUGUCCCAAGUCCUCUAGUCUUUAAAAUGAUGGUUCAGGUCUUUUGAAGUGGGGUUCUGUGGAAACAGUAUGAAUAAGUAAUAUCUUAUCUGUCGUAGAUAACUUUUUAAAACAACCUCAGAACUGCAGUUCAAGCAAAUACUGAUUUUUAUGAAUUUUUUUGCUGCCAAAAAAAACUUUUCAGUGUAAAAGUUGAAAUAAAACGGAGUGGUAAACAUAAAAAGUAUCUCUUGAGCUAAUUUCUUUGUUUAAAAAACAAAAUAAUUGAAGAAAAGUUCCUCAGUGAAUGAAUAAACAGCACUAUUGUAAAAACACAGUAAACGUCAGUACAUUUACAAAUCCUAGUGGCUCAAAAAUGGACAAAAAAGUAAACGUUUAUGUCUUAAAGUAUGGCAACAGUGGUUAAACGUUUAUAAAAUAAUUUGUGCAUGAACUGAUAUGAACGCUUGAAUUGUUUUUAGUUGGCAAAAAUUGAUUUUGGUCCGUCAGCUCGUCAGUCCGGUCAAACUUUAACUAUUUCUCCAAACUGAGGUCUCUGCUAUCUACAACAGGUAAGAUAUUGACUGCUUGCAACCUCUCCAUAAAACCACACUUCAAAAUAUCUGAAAUGCCCUUUUAGCUCUUGUAGUGAGUGUCUGCCUCUUGACCAAUCCAAUGUUGCUCAGCUCAGUAUUACGUGAAAGUAAUUUUUUAGGGUACCUUGAACGAUUUUUAUCUUAAAAAAAAAAAAA